AUGAAGCUGCAUUUCGCUCUCCUCGGAAUCGCUGCCGCCGCCGUCUCGCUCUGCAAGGCAGACGUCGUGCGGCAGAGUUCCAGCAGCGAGACGAAACCGCCUGGGAGUCCCAACGAGCCUGCAGAGAUCCAAGCAUGCAUGGCAGGGCAACUGAAGCUCUCUAUAGCUGAGGCUAACGGAACAGCCUCGUUUAGGUGCUCCACCGAGUUUCCGGAGCUUAGUCCGGCGUACACAGGCGGGCGGGACCAACAAGUCUUCUUCGGGAGCGCUCCGAACGAGCUCGUGGACGUUCUUCCCUCAGCAAAACUCGAGAAGACCACGAUCCCCGUGUCAGCGUCAAGUGUCAGCACACCAGCAAGCGAGCAUGGCACAGGCUCGCCUGCCGCUCCCCAUCCGGACGUAUACACUCUGACUGUUCCUCGGUUGCCGUCUACAAUUAUUUCGCUUGUCUUCAGAUGCAUACCGGAGAUACGUACCGAGGCAGAGCGUCAACGGGCUGUGCUUUCCAAGGAGUGCCAAGUCAUUUUCACGGUUGCGUCAUCAGCAGCAAGACCGUCCGUUGCAGCUCGAUCAGCUCUCGCGGCAAGUGCGAUUGCGGGACUCCUUUCCAUGACUGCGCACUCUAUUCCAAGAUUACCCGCUCAGCCAAAUGCAUCUCCCCUGGUCAUCAUUGCAGGCGAUGGUGGCUGCCUUGGCCCUGACUAUGCUGCUCUUGUUGUAGUUAUUCUAAAGCAGGCACCAGCAGAGGCCGGCAUUGGGGCCUCCACGCGGAAGGGAAACGACAAGCGACCCUCCAGGGUUGUGAGACAGAGUUUUGCCAUUUCCAGCUGCCUGAUGGGGUCUACAAUGAAGCUGCCUCUUGCACCGUGCCUCGGCGCUGCUGCUGCCAUCGCGCUCUGCUUCCGGGAGGCCAGCGCCGUCCGCCAAGCAACGUCACACUUGCAACUGGGGAACGAGUCGCCGGAGAACGUGUCGCCGACUGAGCAGAAGGUGCCAACAUGCGAUACACAACCGGUGAAGUUGUCGAUUUCGGCAGCCAACGGGACAGCAGCCUUCAAAUGCGCCAAAGACAGUGAACUUAGUCCCCAGUACCAGCAGACCGGAGCGGACCAGCAGGUAUUUAUCGGAGAAACGCAAAAGAAGCUUUCAGAGGUUCUUGCCAAUGCCACUUUAAAACGGGAACCGACGAUCCCUGAAACGAACAAGAAGAACACCAUGGCGAUGGCCUCCUCGCCUGCCGGAUCACAGGAGACAAUGUACACUCUGACCGUUCCUGAGCUGCCCGAGCAAGAGAAGAGCUUAAUUUUCAAAUGCACGAACAAGUCGGAGCAAACCGUGAAUAGGCAAGAUGAAAACGAGGUUAAGACAGAGUGUAUAGUCACUAUCACGGUGGCUUCGUCAGCUGCAGAGAAGGCGUUCGCUGUUCACAGCCGCAAUCCGGGCGGCGUCGUACCAAACUGGCACUCUGUAGCUGAAGUUUCCUUCCUCAGCUCCUCCACUAAGGCUGGCCGCACAGUCAGUAUUGCGCCACAAUUUUUCUAG